AAAGCCACGUUGUGAUUGAUGACAAGAAAGAUAACAUGUUAUGGAAUAGUUUUGUUUAAAAAAUAAAAAAUAAAAAGGGAAAAAAAUCUGCAUUAAUUAAGUUUCACAAAGAAACAAAAGCACCAGACCCCACAUCUAAGGCAAAUUCAACCUUUUACAUGUUGCUCUCACCUACUACCACCACAAAGCCACCGCCCUCCACCCAUCUGCACCAAAAUUCCUCAGCCAUGGCCAUCAACCAGUAGUGAUUUUCUUUUCCCUUUUUCUAUUUUCUUACUCUUUGUCAUAGAUUUCCUUUCAGUCUUCUGUUUCUCCUUCUCAAACCCUCAAGAAAGAAAAUGACCUCCUUAAAGAGAACCCUUUCAGGAUGUAGUUCUUCCAAGAUUUCUAAGAAACAACACCUUGAUCGGCACUCGAGAUAUUCUCUGGAACCAGUCGAACUAUAAUGGAAGAAUGUGGAAUGGAUUUCUUGCCGACUGAUGGAGAAAAGGCAUGUGAAAUUUUGAAGAACAUCAUAUCUCUCCGGUGGGAAUCUUUUGUGAAAAAUCCAGGGGGUUAUGUUAAAGAAAUUGUGCUUGAAUUCUAUGAGUUCAUUGACAAAGAGGAGAACUUCAACAGUGCGAGGUAAAGUUAUUAAUUUUAACUCUGAAGUUUUGAAUGAAGGAAAAUAAGAGGAAAAAUGCAUUCGUUCCCGAAGAUUCAAAAUCGAAGAAGAGGACGGCUCGUAAGCUGAAUAAGAAUACCAUUCCUUGGAAUCAGUUCUGCGUCUAAGGGAUGAUGACGAAAAAGAAAAAGAAGAGGACGACAGGUCCGUGCCGGCGACUCAAAUGAAAAAAAAGCACCGAUGCCCUAAAGGCAGCUGAAUCGAUGGUGACUCAUAAGGCUCUGCCUCGAACCGAAGAGAUAUCGGAGGAAGGUUCAGGCAAAGUCCCCGAGUCAUUAGAGAUCGAGGAUGCUUCCUACCGAAGUCAACAAACGGUGGGUACAUCGGAAGGGGCCGGUCCUGAAGCUCUCCGAACUGAAGAGAACGCUCCAAGCGAGUCGCCUGGGGCAAUAGUAAUCGGAGAUUCGCCCACUCUCCCUGUCUUUUCCAAAGGGGUUAUUCGGGAAGCCCAAGCUUUGGAGGCCCUCGAGAUGAGCCGGUCUUAUAAAGGGGAGGACCCUUUCCGUGAUCUGUUUACCGGGGUCGAGGACGCUGCUGGCCCUAGAAAUGUGUCGGGCCUUCUUUGUGAAGUGCAGCUAGCUCUGAAUCGGGCCGUGGCGGUUCAUCGAGAAGCAUGUUCUUGGUCUCGAGCUGAGCUGCAUCGAUUCGCGACCGAUCUUCAACGGGUCACGGAGGAGAGAAACUCCUUAAACUCCUUUUAGGGCAAAGGGGAGAGGGAAUCAAAAACCUCCGAGCUGAGUUGGCUAAGGUUCAUCAAGAUCAGACCGAUCUGUUUGAGCAGGCAAUGAUACUUUUAAAAGCCUAUGGGUUCGAUACCGAAACGAUGGCUAAUUUUUCGGUCUCACAGCUGCAGCAGAAAAUUGAGAUGAUCGGAAAACUCCGUGAGAAGGUUGAUGUGAUAAAAGCAGAGUCCUUGAAGUGGAAAGAAAAUAUGGACCGCUUUGCUGCAGAGAAAGAGGCUGCUCGAUCUCAAUUCUCAUCGGCUGAAAACCAGCUUCAAAAUAUGAAGGAGAAAAGCUCGGUUCAAGUAAGAAGAAUAGAGGAGCUCGAGGCUCGGUUGGCCUCUGAACUCGCUAAGGCCGAAUCCGACGCCGAAAAGGCAAAGGCCGAUGCGGAUGCAUUCGUGGUUGUUUACCGGGCUGAUGUUGAAGCUGCUCAGGUACAAACAAGAGAGGCAGUCGAGAUCGCCAACACUCGAGCGCAUUGGGUUGCUGAGCUUGCUAAGUGCCGAUCUCGGAGGGAGACCCUCGAGGAGAUCCAUGCUCGAGGUUUCGACCUCACUGAAGAGAUAAA